AUGCGUUGGUGCGUGGCGUCGUUUGGUGUGCUUCUGCUUGUCGUCGUCGCGGGCACGCAGCUGCGACACGCGGUUGCGGCGGUGGUGGAAUAUGAUCUCGUGGCACAGUAUGCUUUUGUGGAGACCGAGCACCACCCCAUCUACGCCUCAAGCAUCAACGGCACCGUCCCUGGCCCUGAACUUCGCGUGAAGCGCGGCGACCGCCUUGUCGUGCACCUGCACAACAAGUUUGCCACCGAAGGCGUGUCCAUCCAUUGGCAUGGUCUCGAGGUGCGCGAUGCCAUCAACAUGGAUGGCGUGGUGGGCCUAACACAGUGCGCGGUGCCACCAGGAGAAUCCAUGACGUACGAGUUUGUCAUCACAGACGAGGCGGGCACAUACUGGUAUCACACACACGCGGGCAUCGACCGCGUCGCAAGCCGUGGCCUCAUUGGCGCCUUCAUCAUUUUGCCCGCAGAUGACGAGGUGGAUCCCCACGCACCGCUGUAUGACGAAGACAUCACGCUCCCGUUCGGUGACCUGUUUGAAGAAGCCACAUACGCCCUCUUCCUGCAAAACUCUGGCAGCAAGCUGCCCUCAUCCUCCCAUGCACCGGACGGCACGAGCGUGGGGACCUUCCGCUGGUGGACGGGCCACGUGGCGGGCCAGCCCAACCGCAGGUUUGUCCUCGACGUGGAGCAAGGCAAGCGGUACCGACUUCGCCUCCUCAACAUUGGCGAACUGUACGCGUUCUCGGUCUGCGUCGACAACCACAACCUGACCGUCAUUGCCGCGGAUGGCUCCAACACCGAGCCGUACGAGGCAGAGUGCGUGCAGCUGCACGUGGCGGAGCGCUUCGACGUCAUCCUUGAAGCCAACCAGCCGGUCGACAACUACUGGCUCCGCUUCAAGCUGACGGAGGACCCAGCCCAGUUCUCCAACGAGCUGCUGGGCGUCGUGCGCUACACGGGCGCGCCCGCCGACGCCUCGCCAACCACCACAACGUCCCCGCGGCUGCAGCAGAAGACGGUCAACUGCUUCGAUGCGGGCGCAACACCAGAGCAGGCACCUGACACGUGCAUCCCUGUCACAGCGCUGAACCCGUUGUUGAGCCGCCCCGCGAUGGAGAAGCCAACCGCGUUCUCACAUGAGGCCGAGUUCAUCUUUGUGCCUCCACCGUCCUUUGGCCACUUUACGCACGUUCGUGACUUUUCCCACGGCAUUGACAACCCCAUGACGCAGACAGCCAUAUCCAGCAAACCUUUGCUACAGUUUGGCACGGAGGGCGACCACGUGCACCCGCACAUCAACGCAAUGUACUUCGACUACAACCAGACGAUCCUGAUGUACAUGAGCCACCACAAGGACUCGACGCGCUUCACCCACCCAAUGCACCUGCACGGCCACAAGUUCCACGUUGUUGGCGUUGGCUAUCCCCGGAAGAACGGCUGCCGCUGGACCACGUGCGAGAAGCUGCCGAUGCCGUCGCCAGAGUCGCUGCUGCACCCGUCGGAGGCCCCGCUCAAGGACACGGUGGUGAUGCCAGCUGGUGGCUGGGUUGCCAUUGCCUUCAAGGCAGACAACCCGGGCAUGUGGCUGGCCCACUGCCACAUUCCGCUGCACCGCGACGACGGCAUGCUGUGGACGAUGCUGGAGGCCGUCGACCGCAUCCCUGAGAGGAACCUCAGCUUUGCCGGCUUUCCCAGCUGCAACAACACGGCCAUUGCGCACACGGCAACAGCGUGCGACUGCUACGAGGACCGCGACGCCGUGCUUGGGCAGACGCCCCGCAGCGACUGGAAGUGCUCCGCCCACAGCUUGUGCCGGCACGUGUCGCCCCCCUUGCAAGGCAAGGCGGACCAGUCUGGGCAGGUGCGGUUUGGCACUCGACGCAACGAGACCCCGCACUGGAUUGCGCUCGUCAUCAUCCUCGCCCUGUGUUUUGGCUUCAUCUUCCUGUGCCGGUGGCUGAGCAAGCGACGGCUGGCGACGCCAGCAAAUGCAAACACAGCGGCCUCUGCCACGCACGGCCACGGAAGCGGCCAUGGAACCGGGCUGAGGGAGGAUGCCGAGAUCAUUGCCGGCUCUCAUGCCACGUCGCUGGCAGAGCCGCCGGCUGUGUCCCUGCGGUGGAAGGACCUGCGUGUGGUGUCGGCCAAGGGCAGCAAGCCGUUGCUGCGUGGCGUGAGCGGCGUAGCGCAGCCAGGGUGCAUCACGGGGGUGGUGGGCGCGAGCGGUAGCGGCAAGACGGUGCUGCUGCGCACGCUGGCGGGCCACUCGGUUGGCAUUGUGUGGGAGGCUGGGGAGAUUGUGGUUGGCGACGUGCCCGUGCAGGCGCUGCGGGAGGAGAACAAGGCGGCGGUGCUGUCGUUUCUGCCGACGGUGGCCCCGAUCCGCGGCGACCUGUCUGUGGAGGACAACAUCAACUACUGCGGGGCGCUGCUGCUGACUAACGCCACGGAGGACGACAACCUGACGAAGAGCUUCAUCCUCGCGCUUGCGGCCAACGUGUUCCACGCACUCGGGCUGCUGCUCGGGGCGGCGAUUCCGGACCCCGCGGCAGCCGUUGCCGUGGUGACUGUUGUUGUGCAGGCGAUGCUGAUGAUGGCUGGGUUCUACCGCACGCUGCCCGACGCGAUCCAGUGGCUGCCGAGCGUGAUUGGCAUCCCGUACUACAUCCUGACGGCGCUCAUGCGCACGGAGUUCUCUGCCAACGACUCGUACCGCUGCCAUCCGUCGAGGGCGAGCAGCGCCGUGGGUCCGCACGACUGCUACAUCGAGACCAACCUGCUGACGGAGGACUACCGGCAGCGCAACAUCCUGUUUGUGCAGUCACCGGAGGCACACGAUCCCUCUGAGUGGGCGCUUGUGCUGCCGCUGGUGCUGUUCUACAUUGGCAUUCGCAUUCUUGGCGCCAUCAUCCUGCUCCUUCGCAUUCGCCGCAAGUUCCGCCUCCACGCUCAGCAGAAGCUGCCCUCGGACCAUCGGCGCAGCAGCACGCAUGCGAGCAGCGGUGCUGCGCCCGUGCGUCGCGAGCCAGAGACCAAGGCGCUCAUCUCGUGUACUCACAGCAAUGGCACGGCGACGGAAAACGGCCACUGCACCAAGCAGCGCCCCAGCCACCACCAGCGUCGCGCGUCCCAGAAGCAGCUGCUCCUGGAGGAUGAAGCGAAUGGGGACGCAAUGGACGGGUUUAGCGGCCCGCACACGGACGUGUCGACCGUGUAGUGACAGUGUGACAUGACAGGUGGAAGGGAGGAGGAGGACGAGGAGGACGAGAAGUGAAAAGGAUGUGUGUUUGGUUGCGAGGCAGGGCAGUAAGGUGCCUUGGACGUCUUGUGUGUGUGUGUGUGUGUGUGCAUGCGUGCGUAUGUGC